GUGCGCGUGCCUAAGGGUGAGAGCGGGUCGCCCGCGUGAGAGGGAAGGGUGGCGUUUCCCGGGAAGGUGGCCACCGCAGCAGUUGCGUCACCUGGGGCAGCUGUACUGAGUAGUGACGUACGUACGUACGCACGCAGGUGCCAGCUGGAAAAUGGAUGACGACGAUUUUGGAGGCUUUGAGGCAGCAGUGACCUUUGAAGGUGAAGAUGGUGAAACACAAACUAUUUCUCCUGCUAUUCCUUGGGCAGCAUUUCCUGCAGUGUCUGAAGUCCAUGUGUCUCAAACUAUUUCUUCAGAUGUUCUACUGGAGUAUUCUCUGCCUUCUGCUUGCUUUGUCCCUUCUGAUUCAUUCAUCUUAUCAGGUGAAGAUGAACUGACAGCUGUUCAAACAUCCAGCAGUAUUUUAAACCCAGCUGUUCUUAAAGAACAGGUUCAGUUAUCAGCCAGUUCUUCCUUGGAUAUCUCAAUUCCUUCUUUGAGUUUAACAGAAGGAAAACCUUCAGAAAAAUUAACCAUCUCUGUGGGUGACUCUGAGAAGCAGGGGAUAAAUGGAUCAAAGAAGUAUCUUCAACCAACAGUUGCAAGUCUAGAGAUUAAACUCAAAGAUGCUGAAGAAGAAAGAUAUAGAAUUAAAAAGGAGUUAGAAGAUUUGAUGGAAAAGCAUAGUAUCCUACAAGCAGAUUUCUUGAAAGAAAAGGAAGGUGAAUUCAUCUCACACCACGAUCGCUACAAAAAGCUGCAGGAGAAACACAAGCUUGAGUUAGAAGACAUGAGGAAAGCUGGACAUCAAGCCCUAACUAUUAUUGUAGAAGAAUUUAAGGCACUACUGCAGUCUACAGUUCAGAAGCAAGAAGAAGCCAUUGAAAAACAGUACGUAGCUGCAAUUGAAAAACACUCAUACAAGUGUGAGGAACUGCUGAAUGCUCAGCAUCAGAGACUUCUUGAUAUGCUGGAUACAGAGAAAGAAGUGUUAGCACAAAAAGUAGAAGAAGCUUUGAUGCAACAAUCACAGAAACAUAAGGAAGCACUGGAAAAAUGUUUGGAGGAACAACAGAAUAGAAGUAAAGAGGCUUUGGCUGCUGCUGCUAAGAUUGAAAAAGAAGUAAUGCAAGAGGCCAUUUUAAAAGCAGUUGAAGAGGAAAGGAGAAACAUGGAGAAAAUUCAUGCAGAAGAAAGAGAAAUAUGGCAGGCCGAAUGUUCCAAAGACAAAGAAAAGAUUGCUCAGGCUGUUCAGGAGGCUGUGCAAGAGCAAAGAAAAACCAGUCAAGAAGUUGUUAAGGCAGCAAUAAUGGAAGAACAAAAACGAAGUGAAAAGGCUGUGGAAGAAGCUGUGAAAAAAACAAGAGAGGAACUGAUGGAAUAUAUCAAAGAACAGAAGAGGCUCGAUCAAGUUGUCCGCCAACGUAGCCUGUGUAGUUUGGAACUCUUCCUCUCAUGUGCACAGAAGCAAUUAAACACUUUAAUAAAGGAAGAACCAGUCACUUCAGAGCAAAAGAGAGAAACUGAAAAUCUAAACAGCAAUGAAAAUGUGUGAUUCGUGAUGCUACAAAUCUGUAUGCUGCAAAUUACAAAAUCUCUCUUCUUUUUGAAACAUGGAGUUCUAUCAUUUGUCACGACUGAUCUGAAACAAUGUUUAGUAGAAACUAUCUGCAGAUGACUUCAUUUGAUUUUUUUUAAUUAUUAUUACGUGUUUACAAUAUUAGAAAUAAGAAAAUCAUUGGAAGAAAUUCUCAAUAUUAAACUGUGCACAUGUUGUCAUCUUUAAAGCCUAUUAUUGAUAUCUUAGGCAAAUGCAGUGGUGAUAGUAAUACUGCCUUGUCAUGGCUGUUUACAAGAGAUGUCAGCAUGUGUCCAUAUUUUUGACACAGGAAAAGGCUAUGAUUUGGCCCCUGAUUCAGUAAGGCACUUAAGUGCAUAUGAAAGUCUAUCCAUAUCCCCCAGUACAUGAUCAAUGCAUUGCUGCACCGGGGGCCUUAGACUCUUAUCACAUGUUUCUUAUUUAUCACCACUGUCAAUAGUGAGUCAUGAGAAUGCUGCUGAACAUUUUAAAAAAAUUGUUUCUGAAGAUCAGUCUCCAGCAACGGAAGAGGAAUGUUGAAAAAUAAAAACAAACACUGCAUCUUUUUACACUGAGACAAAAAAGUCUAGAAGUCACUUGUAUUGUAAAAACUAAUCUGUGGUGUAUAUUUCUCAUUUCUGUUCUUGAAAGAUACUGUGAUUCUAAAAAUCACUUUUUCUCAUUAAAGUGGAACUUCUGUAAUUGACUUCAAUUAUAGGAAAUGAUACAUUUAAAAAUUUAGGGUCCAGUGCUGCACUUCUUACUCAGUCAGAAUUCCCACUGACCCCAGUGGAAGCCCUACCUGAGUAAGGAAUGCAAGAUGGUGCCCUUAAAGUGCCUGAUUCAAAGCCUAUUUGAAGUCAAUGAAAAUUUGCCCAUAGACUUCAGUGUGCUUUAGAUCAGGCCUUUAGGCUCUGACCCUGCAGUGCAGAGCAUGACGGUGGACUGCUGUGCCUGUGCACUAUUGAUUGUAGAAUUGGGGCCUUAGUUUGUAAGAUUUCAGAAUCAAGUAACGAAAAAUGAGAAUGUUGCUCAUAAUUAUGAAUGUAAAUAAAUGAUGAGUGGUAUCUUACAUAACAAGUUAGUGCCUCGGUGGGGAAUCAUAGACAUUUAUUCAGUGCAAUUUUAAUUGUAAGUAGACUUAUUUUGCCAUUGAAAUUAAUGAAUUUGAUUUUACUAUAACUAGAUCUGAGCGUGAACUGAAAAAUCCAAAAAUAAUUUCAUUUCAAGUUCACCUGAAGUGGAAAAAUUUUGUUUGUUGAAACAAAUAAAAAGGUGAAAAAUCAAUAGCUUCAGAUUGAACAAAACAUUUUGUUUGGUCCCAAAUGAUUUUUUUUUUUCAUUUUGCUUAGUUUUUGGGGUGUUUUUAAACAUAUUUUUGUUUUUAAAUAAAUCUAGCUACAUUUUAUUUUAUCUCUGUACUUGGCACUGGUGUAACUGCUGCUGGAAUAUUGUGUCCAGUUGUGGUGCCCAUGAUUCAAGAAGGAUGUUGAUAAAUUGGAGAGGAUUCAUAGAAGAGCCACAAGAAUGAUUAAAGGAUUAGAAAACAUGCCUUUGAACUCCAUGAGUCUAUCACUAUAUCUGUUUAGCUUAACAAAAAGAAAGUUAAGGGGUGACUUGAUUACAGUUUAUAAGUACCUUAUGGGGAACAAAUAUUUAAUAAUGGGCUUUUCUGUCUAGCAGAGCAAGGUGUAACUCGAUCCAAUGACUAGAAGUUGAAGCUAGACAAAUUCAGACUGUAAAUAAGGUGUACAUUUUGAACAGUGAGAGUAAUUAACUGUUGGAACUACUUACCAAGGGUCAUUGUGGAUUCUCGAUCACUGAAAAUUUCAAAAUCAGCAUUGGAUGUUUUUCUAAAAGAUCUGCUCAAGGAAUUAUUUGGGGGAAGUUCUAUGCCCUGUAUUAUACAGGAGGUCGGACAAGAUUAUCAUAAUGGUACUUUCUGGCCUUGUAAUUUAUGAAUUUCAAGCCAAAGCCUCAUUCUGAAAUGAAGUGGAAAUGUUUUGUUCUGAAAAUGUUGAAUCAAAACAUUUUGAGUUUAAAAUAAAAAAGUUUUAUUUUUCAGCCAAAACUAUUUGCUGAAUUAACAAGUCACUUUGGUCGACCUGAAAUUGCAUUUUUUGAUGAAGAAACUAUUCAUCCAAAAACUUUCAUGCAGUUCUAACUGAAAAUGCUUCCUUUUUCAUAUAUAAUUGGCUUUCUUACUGCAAUAAAUAAAACCUUAAAUGGUGACGCAUAAAAAAUACAAAUGUGGUGAGGGAAGUUUUUCCUGACAUAUUUGACACAUUUUUAUUUAAUUUUUCUGUGUUUUAUUUUGUAUUUAAACCCAAAAUUAUUCAUUUCCUUUACAGACAUGAAUGUCCCUUAAGAAAUAUACAUUGCUGAUUUUAUUGGUUGAUGUUCUCUGCCUUCCAGCUGACGAAAAUCCAGUGUCCAUGCUAAUUCCUUGAGAUUUGUCUGUCCCUUUUGGUACUGAGUUACAGAUCCUAGCGGGUCAAAAUAAUGCUGGUUAGCUAGUGGAAAUAGUCAAAAGGAAUGGUGUAGAUGAAACUGGCUCAUUCAGUUUUGACUGUCUGCCCACUUUUGUUAUUCAGGUCGCAAUACGGGGGUGUUUUCUGAGCCAUCAGAAGGAUUCAAUAGUAUCAGUGGUUGGAGCACAUUUUACCACCUGUGCCAAGUCAACAGUCUUCUUAGCGUAUUCACAACGUGUCUUGCGACCAGGAGUCAUCACCCAGUUUGGUCCGCUGGUUAGAUUAUUCGCUUGCCCAGGCCAGGCUGGUACUGAUGGGGAACGCGACAUGAACGCUGAUCCCUGCCCCCCAGGUCAACAGUUUACAAUCUUCAUCUUUGCAUAUGGCUCCCCGGACAUAGUAAUUCAUGUAUUUGUUAGCUCCAACUUCGAUCCCAUGGGGCUACAACUUAAUCGUUUGGAAAGUACAGUUAUACAAAGUACAGCUGCUUACUUUUUUAGUGUCAUUUCUCACAGACAGCACAUUUCACCUGUCCUCAUGAUCUGCAUAGGCUCUUUCCAGGUGCACUUAACAUAUUAGUUUUACCCUACAGAGUUGUAAAUGGAUUAUUAUUUAUUUGUACGGUAGAUGUUACAAUGGCUCCAAUCAGGAUCAGAGGCCCAUUGCUUUAGAAACAUGGUCCCAGUCCCAAAGAGUUUACAUUCUAAUUAGAAGCAAGAUGCAAAAAGUGAGCAUAACAAACAAUAGGAGGGAAGAAGGGAUGAAGGUAACUGUAAGAACAUCAUAUGGUUACAUAGACUGGUGAUGUGCACAAAUUACAUUAAUUCCUGACUUUACCCAAAGUAACAAAACGUUAGUGGCAUGGAGUCUUGUAGGUACAGCAGGUAUUGCAGCAGAGGUGGGUCUUAAUGAGGGAUUUGAAAGGGUAGUGACCUUACUAAUUAGUUCCAGGAGGGCACUUUUUCCAUGCAGAAGGAGGCAGAAUGGAAGAAAGCGAUGAAGUGUUUGUUGGAGAAGUUUACAAUGCAGAGAUUUCACUGGCAACCACUAUAUGCUCUUUACAUCAGUUGUAACCAUCAUCUGCUAUUUAAUCUCAACACUUGAAUAUUGUGAUUAUCUCAGACAGCUGCAGGUACUUUUACCUUUGACAGAUUUAGUCCUUUUAAUCUCCCUCUCCAGUCUCCAAGCAAAACUGCUGAAUUAAUGUCUGCUGCUGAAAGUGGUGACAAAUACAAAUCAGAAUUAGACCACAGUCAUGUAAAAUCAGAUUGAGGAUUUGGAUUGCAUUCAAAACCCCAACUCUUGGGGGAGAAACCACGUUAUCUUGCAGAAAAAGAGCCACCCAACAUGCAAACUCUGCAGCAUGUAACUAUAGUAAACCCCCGUCUGCUGUAUGUUUUUUUUUAAAUUAUUAUUUUUCAUCACUUCUGCGUAACUGCAGUAGAACAGAGUGGUCUAUAGGGGCAUUUCAUUUUUGUUUUUUUGCCAACUCUAGGCAUGGGAGAUUACAAUCCUUUUUUUGUUCUGACGUACUGAAGAAUAGCAAGUUCUGUGUAAACAUAAAAUAGAUUAAAGGCCUGCUGGGUGGAACUUGGUCUGCCUCUUUGAGAAACUGCUGUCAUCUUGAUACAAUGUACACUUCUAUGGUCAGGCCAAAACUCUUAUAUUUUUAAUAUUGCAGAUGGUUAUGCACAGGAAUUUUGGCAAUCAACCAUUGAAAAACAGGAUGUUAACCUGACUCUUGAGAGUGGCACAGGGAACUAAAAUUUCCAUGUCAGUGAGUUUCCAUCUUUAAACAUUGAUUUGUUUAUCAUUUUUAUUGCUAAUAAUCUGUAAUACUUGUUACACAUUGUAAGUGUUAAGAACGCUCUCAUGUGUAAUGAAAACUGGCUAAACGACCAUAAGCAAAGGGUAAUGUUAAACUGGAGUGUGUCUAGUUGGGUACUGCAGGGGAUCAGUGUUAGGCCAAUUCUUAUUUAACACCUUCAUUAAUGAUCUGAAAAGAGGAAGUAAACAGCACACUAAUGAAAUUGUAGUGCAUUAAUUUAAUUAAUCUUUGCACUAAUUAGUCUUAGAUAUCAUGCUGUGCUACUUAAACUCAGAUAAUUUUCAUAGUCAUUUACAUAAAGUGUAUGUGCAUCCUGCACCCCACCCAGGAUCCCAAUACAAAUUUCUCGAUCAGCUACUGGAUCUUACAUAUAGAACCCUCUAGCGAAAGGUCACGUCCAGACAAGAUUAUAUUUUCCACAGGCAUUCUGUCUGCUAUCUCCCAGUACAGUAACAAUGAGAAAAAGUUUGAAUAUAGUUCUGCUCUGGGAGUUUAGCGUGGCAUUUAGAUUUCAUCACUGUUUUUUGAAGCAAUUCCAAACAGAGAGAACAUGUUGGUUACUUUCAGAGGAUGAAGAUAAUGUUAAUUGUUUUGAGACUUUGAUGUCCUGAUUCUCACGUACUUUACUGCUCCUUUGUACCACCCUAAGCUCCCCCUGGUGUUCAGUUUGACCUGCUAACAUGAAAACUGUCAACCACUUUGUCCACACAAGCUAACACAUGCUGAAAAAUACACCUCUUUUACUAGGGUAGAUGCACCAUGAGACUAUAAAGUGUCCUUAAAGUGGGCGCAAGAAAAACUUACUCCCACUUUACGGCCACUUUAUGCUGCUAGAGCAGUGUCAAGUGGCUUUAGUGUAAAUGAAAAGUAGGCCUUUAAAGUCUUUAAGAAGGAAGAGGACAGCAUGGCAGUAAUGAAAAUUGAUCAGAAAAUUAUAAUGACUUCAGCAUUCUUUUUUUCAUCAGGAAUUCAGUAUGGUUUAUAGAAUAUUACACAGUCUGGGAGGCAUUUUUCCCAGUGUAUAAUUAUAGCCUUUAGUAUUCAGUGCACUUAUAGGAAUAGGUUUAAUAAUGUUUCCUCUCCUUUGAUUAGGACAGGAGUAUUGGUCUAAGGCUCCAAGAAAGAGGGGCCUGUACAGUAAUAAAGCUAGAGCACAGAUGACACGAAAAUUGCCAGCACUAUUGAACAUAGAUUUUAAGCCAUAAUCAGACACGGUAUAACUUCAUUCAAGUCAAUGGAGUUGCACCCACAUACACCAAAUCUGAGUUUGCCCUUAGAGUGUGUAUACUUCAUUAGCUAAAGGAAGGGGAUGUGUAGACUUUUUGUUGUAGACAUUACCUAACCAGUUCAUUUGUCAUGAUGAUGCAGUAUCUAAAAAUAAAUAAAUAAAAUGCCCUCACCGUCUCACUAAUAUGUGGCGCUAAAGGUCAGUCUUGUUUCAUACCAUUUGCCACAUAUACAGAUGAUAUGUGUUUAUGAUUACUACAUGUCUAUGGGAAGAAUCACUAGCAGGACUUUAUAAAAGCGUACAGUAGCUUCCUGGGAGCACUGACGCUCAGCUGAAGGUGCUAGUGACAUUGUGGUAUUUGGCACCCAAAAUAGAGAUGAUUCAUUUUUUCUUUUGAUCUUGUCUGUUCCAGGGUGGGUAUUUUAAACUUGCUGCAUAAUUUUUCAGAAGAAUCAUUUCCUGUGAUAGAUAUGGUAUCUGUAUUUUUUAAUGUCUUACGUAAUGCCUGUAAAAUUAUAGCUAUUUUAAUAUGCGUCAGAGAUUCAUAUUCGUUUACAUAGUCUAUAAUUUUUCACAUUUCUGACUAACUUAUAAAACCAGCAUCUUUUAGAUUCUUUCCAUUGUCCUUCGUGAUUAAAUCUGAUACACAAAGGAAGCAUGAAUGAAUAAACACUUGUGCUAUUCCA